AUGAAUGAACUGACAAUAGAGAUGACUUAAUAAAAGCCCUUGGUGUGAAUGGCCGGGAUAUUCUGGAAUUGGUCAACACAUGGGGAUCAAGCAUUACUGGAAAAUGAAGGAGCAAAAACUGAGGAAUAAUAGAAGUAUAGGACCCUGUGUUGGGGUUAGGAAUAAUAGAAGAAUAGGACCCUGUGUUGGGGUUAGGAAUAACAGAAGAAUGGGACCCUGUGUUGGGGUUAGGAAUAAUAGAAUAGGACCCUGUGUUGGGGUUAGGAAUAACAGAAGAAUGGGACCCUGUGUGGGGUUAGGAAUAACAGAAGAAUGGGACCUUGUGUGGGGGUUAGGAAUAACAGAAGAAUGGGUCCCUGUGUGGGGGUUAGGAAUAACAGAAGAAUGGGUCCCUGUGUGGGGGUUAGGAAUAACAGAAGAAUGGGACCCUGUGUUGGGGUUAGGAAUAACAGAAGAAUGGGACCCUGUGUGGGGGUUAGGAAUAACAGAAGAAUGGGACCCUGUGUGGGGGUUAGGAAUAUGGGACCCUGUGUUGGGGUUAGGAAUAACAGAAGUAUGGGACCCUGUGUUGGGGUUAGGAAUAACAGAAGAAUGGGACCCUGUGUGGGGGUUAGGAAUAACAGAAGAAUGGGACCCUGUGUGGGGGUUAGGAAUAACAGAAGAAUGGGACCCUGUGUGGGGGUUAGGAAUAACAGAAGAAUGGGACCCUGUGUGGGGGUUAGGAAUAACAGAAGAAUGGGACCCUGUGUUGGGGUUAGGAAUAACAGAAGAAUGGGACCCUGUGUUGGGGUUCUGUAUAACAGAAGAAUGGGACCCUGUGUUGGGGUUAGGAAUAACAGAAGAAUGGGACCCUGUGUGGGGGUUAGGAAUAACAGAAGAAUGGGACCCUGUGUUGGGGUUAGGAAAAACAGAAGAAUGGGACCCUGUGUUGGGGUUAGGAAUAACAGAAGAAUGGGACCCUGUGUUGGGGUUAGGAAAAACAGAAGAAUGGGACCCUGUGUUGGGGUUCGGAAUAGGCCGUCUGGGAUUCUAUGAGUCAGUCUGACUAGUGACAGAACAGAGGAUGUGAUUCACUGUGCAGGAGACCAACAGGAAGGUUUCCUUCUCCCUGACAUAGUUUACUCUCACCAACCACAGAGAGAUUAGACAUUCAGCUCCAUGCAGUAGAGGCUAUUCAUAGAACGGGCACUCUUUCAACAAGGAGCAAAUCAGGGAGGAGGAGGGCUGAGGCUUUUCCUGGUAAAAGUUGCCCAGCUCAUAAUUGUGUCCAGAGGGACUCUGGAGGAAGCUUAGGGGGAGGUAGAGGAGAGGGGCAUUGGGAAGGAGAUGAUGAGGGGAGUUUGUUAGUAGUGGCUGGUAGCUGGUCAUUGUUAAUUAAUCUGGGCAGGGCUCACAUACACUCUGCUCUGAGUCAGCCUCUGUGUCGCUCCACUGACCCCCACCCCCCCUUGUGAAGUAUUUGUUUAAUUCACAAGUCACACCCCCGAGCAGCUGGAAACCACAGGAAGCUGGAAAGAACCUAGAGUACCUGCAGGUGUUUGUUUUGUUUGUGAUCAGAGAUGAUAGCAGUGUUCUGUCAGAAGUUUAAAAGGAUUUCCUCUUUCUGAUUUUAUCAAUUUUUUAUGAGUAUCAGAUCUUCAACCCAAACCUAAUAUUAAAUAAAUUGUGCCAGAGUGAAUAAAUAACACAAUAUAUGUACACUUAGAUCAUUUGUUUAAAGCACAAAGUAAUGCAACAUUGAAUGUAACCCUGUGAAAUCAAGGAUGACCUUGUGCAUUCUAACUGGUUGACUCUGACUGGAACCAAACACUUUCGUUACUUGAUCGUUUGUCUUGUGUUUUGCUGCGGAGGAAUUUUGGCCCACUCCUCCAAGCAGAGCGUGAGUAAUACCACUCAGCCACAUCUUUUGUAUUAAAUGUGGCUGCUUGUAAUACCACACCGUCACAAGCAGACUUGUCUCAGGCCCUUAGGUUGUGACCGAACAGUGAAGGCUGACCCCUGUAAUGCAGUUGGACCUCCUCCCAGUAGACAGGAGAAAGGGGAGGGAGGAUGGAUGGGAUCAGAGCUGCAGAAGGAGGAGGAAGAGGAGGAACAACAGCAUCAUCAUGGUAACCGCCCAGAUCGCCCUCCAGCACCACAUAGAGUCACCUUCAGUCAGGACACCGGUCACCCUUACUAUGAUGUAGCUCGCCACGGAAUCCUACAGGUCACAGGGGAUGAUAACUAUGGCAGGAAGCUCGUAAUCUUCAGUAGCUGUCAGAUGCCCCCCUCACACCAGCUUGACCACCACCGCCUACUGGAGUACCUGAAGUACACCCUGGACCAGUAUGUGGAGAGUGAUUACACCCUUGUCUACUUCCACCAUGGUCUCCGUAGCAGCAACAAGCCUUCCCUGCGCUGGCUACGAGACGCAUACAGGGAAUUUGACAGGAAGUACAAGAAGAAUCUUAAGGCCCUGUAUGUUGUUCAUCCCACUAACUUCAUCCGAAUCCUCUGGAAUAUCUUCAAACCCCUCAUCAGCCAUAAGUUUGGUAAGAAGGUGACAUAUGUAAACUACCUGGUGGAGCUCAGAGAUCAUCUGAAUUUUGACCAGCUCAUCAUCCCUCCUGAUGUCCUCAGACAUGACGAGAGGCUGCAGGCGGCCCAGAAGGGAGGCCCACCCCCCCCAGCUAAGACUCCUCCCCCUCGACCUCCGUUACCCACGCAACAGUUUGGAGUCAGCCUGCAAUACAUUCGUGAGAAGAACACAGGUUUGAUGAUUCCUCCUGUCAUGUCCCAGACUGUGUCUUACUUGAAAAACAAAGGUCUCCAGACCGAAGGCAUUUUCAGGAGGUCAGCUCGUGUUCAACUCAUCAAGGACAUCCAGAAGCUGUACAACCAGGGUAAGCCAGUGGUGUUUGAGCAGUUUGGAGACGUCCAUGUCCCUGCGGUCAUCUUGAAGACGUUCCUCAGAGAGCUACCUGAGCCCCUGCUCACCUUCUCCCUCUAUGACCACAUACUGGACCUAGUCAGAGUGGAGAGCAGUCUGAGGGUGUCUAUGUGUAAACACAUAGUAGAGCGUCUUCCUGAACCCAACUACAUAGUGUUGAAGUAUCUGCUCUGCUUCCUACAUAUGGUCUCUCAGCAGAGCCUCAUCAACAAGAUGUCUCCCUCCAACCUGGGCUGUGUGUUUGGUGUUAACCUGGCCUGGCCUCGUCAGGGCUCUGUGUCUUUGACCGCUCUGCCGUCGCUCAACAUCUUCACCGAGAUCCUCAUCGAACACUACCACGCCGUGUUCAGCUCCCGUUGCCCGUCAGCCCAGGUGCUGCCCUGAAGUCAGUCUACCACCGUGCGAACAACGUCUCCCCUGCCUCAAACUAGCGGUGCGUUAAAAACCUUCUGGCACACCAGGAUGGCAAACAUCUGUCCUACUUCGAAGAUGCACAACAGGCGCUCAACACGACUUAGCGGAAACAUCAUGGUGGUCCCAGACAUUCACUGCAGAGCCUUUCUUGGACAUUCAUCUGCAGUGUCUCUGAUUGUCUGCAACACAACGUUCUAAAUGUCACGGUAACAAGCUGGUCUUUUGUUGGUCAAAUCAAGGUCAAACCAACUUUUGACAAACACUUUUAAAAUACCAACAUUGCUCUGAUGCUGUUUAGUAUACAGGUACCCAGUAACAGAACACACGACCAGGCAUCAGUGGCCUCUGUAAUGCCGAAAGCAAAACCUUCUGUGGUGUUGCUGUGGCAACAUGAUUAAGUAUUCGAGCAGCGUCAAGGUUAUGAUAACCUCAGGUGCUUUCUGUUGUUUGGCUGGGAGGCUGAGGAACAGAUGGAGCUGGAACAGUAACCACAUUUAUAUUGGCUUCUCCCUGAA